UAAUGUUUCAAAAAUUUGAGAUGCACUCGACGAGAAGACUUUGCCCAUCAAUACCAUCCCAAAACGGUUGGAAAAAAUAUUUUUACGGCAUUUUUUUCUUGAUAUCAUUAUAUAUAAUCAUCGUAAUCAUACAUCAUGGCGAGCAAAUACGAGGUAUAACCGAAAAGAUAAAUAACGUUAAACAAAAUGUUGAAGAUAAUAUUGAAAUAGAAGGGAGAAUAUUUCGUAUAGAAACUGCUCUACACAAUAUGAAAAGAGAACAAGAAACCAUGAGGAGAAAUAUUAGAAAAUCGAUACAGAAAGAAUUGGAAAAAUAUAGUUGGGAUAAAACAGGAAGAACGGAUUUUGCUUUAGAAACUUCCGGUGGGAGAAUCGUGAGAUUAUCUAAAGACACGGAAAACUUCGACGCGUCGAAAUCCAUAUUGGGGAUCACACUUUGCGAAGGAAUGCACGGUCCCAGAGCGAUGCUGCAAGCGGAUAUGUCCCCGGGACAUUGCUGGGCUUUGAAAGGCUCUAGUGGCGGAGUCGUCAUUAAACUGUUGGGUAAAAUAAAAAUAAACGCCGUAACUAUUGAACAUAUUCCCGAAAAUAUGUCGCCGACUUUAGAUAUACAAUCGGCUCCUAAGGAUUUCGAGAUAUGGGGUCUUAAAGACGUUAACGAAAAAGGUGAAUACAUUGGGAGGUUCACGUUUAAAUUGAAUGGACAAUCGAUUCAAACAUUCGAUAUUAAUCAGUCUAAUUUUUAUAGUUAUAUAGAAUUUCGUGUUCUAACUAAUCAUAAUAACCCUGAUUAUACUUGCGUGUAUAGGUUAAGAGUUCACGGGAUUUUGGCGACGUAAAAUCUUUAAUAUAUUAUACAAAUGAAAAA